AUGUUCAAUUGUGAUAAUAUUAGAUCGCAAGGUGAACGUUUCCAAGACUUCCUCGUACUCCGAGGAAUCCAUAGAAAAGGCAAAUCAGCAGAUCCACCAAUCUUACCUGACAAACAUCUGGAUGGUAAUCGUAGAACUUCUUCCGGCAGAUCACACAGCAUAGUUCCAACGAUAGUCAGCAAUGAAAGAGAUACAGUACUGUUUGCAAAUGACAUUGUUCUUGAAUUUGACGCCGACGACAACGACUCUGAUUGGGACGAGGAAGAUGAAAUGCUACCUAUACCACGCUUAAGAAACGAUGACAAUCAGGAUGCCGAUGUGUUUUACGACGAACGAAGAGAAAGCUUCAGUUCCAAUCGUAGGACUGACUUGACUUCAACCAACUCUGGAGCUAACGAUACAGAUCGUUACUUUGAGUACCCAAAAUCAAAUUCAUAUCCUACUAAUAGCGAACUGGCUUAUACUAAUUGGGAACUAAGACAGAGAGUAUCUCAAGAUAAGAGGAAUCUUGAUCUGAAAUUUAUAGACGCCUUUAGUAAGGACUACACAACGAUUGAAAACACAGAUCCUUCUAGGAUUCUAAGAAAGCCCCUUGCUGAAAUGUAUAAGGAUGGGCUCCGAUUGAAACACAUUGGCAUAAGAAAGCUCCACGCACUUGAAAAUAUCAGGCGUUUCAAGAAUAACAUCCUGACUAUCAUAAAUGAUUCUGAUGGCCGUGACUAUUUGGUUCUUGCUUCAAAUUCAGAGUUGAUCAUUUUUGAUUUCGACGAUGUGGUUGCUUUGCCAAAUAAGAAAAGUGUUCUACGCUUCGAUACUAGACCACCGUUCACUUCCACGACAGAUAGACUUAUUUCUACCUGGCCGUACUUUCCACAUACUGUAAAUUUCAUUAGAACUUUCAACAACUUUUGUGGAAGACAAGUUCUAGGUGCUUGUAUUGAUGAUGGUUCACUAAUGUUAUGGUAUACUGAUACAAUCAUAAAAUAUAUCAAAAGUAUGAAAAUACGAGAAAAAGUUGGACGGCAAGACGAUGCCGACUCCCUAUAUCGGGAUACCAAUCGCUUCCAUGGCCUCAGAGUAAACCCGGAUUUCAAAUUUAAGUUGGAGGCCUCGGUGUGGGGGUUGGAUUUCUUGAAUUAUAACGACACAUUUGGUAACUCUCAUAACUUGAUUGUUGCAUCAGACAAUUCACAAAGUGUCACGUUAUUCUAUUAUCAUCAACAGGAUUCGCGGUUCUAUCAUGUAAAGUCACAUCAGAUAUUGCAUAAUAUUCCAGAAGUUUCAUUUGUAUCCCAUGAGGUGAGUAAUGAAGGAUGUCAUUUGGUGAAAGUAUCAUGUGCUUGUAUUUCUGGUGAACUUUUGAUUUUUCAAUUCGAAUUUAGAAUCAAAUCGGGACCCUUGGACCAGGAUGAAUACGAAUAUUUCAAGAAGGAAACCAUAUAUUAUAUUGAUCUGACAAUGGAGAUUCAUAAUAGGGACCCAAAUCUCGAGAAUAGUGAUGAAAUUAAACUAAAGAAGUUUAAGAGAAUUUCAUUCUUAUUGCCUCGAGUUCUAACAAGAACUGUAUUUGGUGAAGAUUGCUGGACAACAAAGCCAAUUAGUUCUACAUAUUUCAAUGAAGUUGAUAGCCUUGCAGUAGCCAUUGGGGACCCAUUUCUCCGAGAGGAAAAGAUAGUCAAAAGUAUUAUGAACGAAUCUGCCGCCCUCGACUUAGAUCAUCUUGGCUUUGGGGCAAACUGGCAAUUUUUUCAAAGCAGGGUUGUAAGUAUUUCGUCUGAAACAACAGCAGAUCUUUACAAGGCUGGAAGGAUUACUGGGAUUGAUGAUGAAUAUAGACGAAUCCACAAAGGAAUACAAGAUCUUGAAUCGGAGAAUUUCCUUGUUGUAUCAACAACUAAGAAAUUGGCACUCUUCAGGGCAGACACGUUAUUUUGCACUUGUGCAACUAAAAGAGUAUUUGAUUUGGCUAUCCCAUUUAACGAGGAAGUAAAGUUUUCUAAUCGAAUGUCAAUUACAUGUGUUAUCCCUAAACUACUGUGUAUUAUUGCAGUAUCACAGCUAGGAUUGGCCACAAUAAUGAGGUUAUGUUGCAGCCGAGGAGUCUACGCAAUGAGGCAGGAACAUAUAUUUCCUAAUGCAUUGGGUUUAGCAUUGGGCUACAAUGGCUACAGAACAAUAUCGGGAUUGGCUGUGAGAGAAAAGUCGAUACUUCCACGCGUCACAAGGUACUUCGUCUAUCUAAGCUAUACCGACGGUAUAGUGGUUGCCUACGACCUUCAACUCGGUGCUAAUGAUGAGUUAUUUGUCAGUUCCGUGUGA